UUAAGCUCAAAAACUUCAAACAGCUUUGUCUCUUAGAGUGAGUGAGAGACAGAGAGAGAUGGGCAGAGCUCCUUGCUGUGAUAAGGCCAAGGUGAAAAAGGGUCCUUGGUCUCCUGAGGAAGAUGCAAAGCUCAAGUCCUACAUCGAAGAACAGGGAACUGGUGGCAACUGGAUUGCUCUCCCUCAAAAGAUUGGUCUAAAACGAUGUGGUAAGAGUUGUAGGCUGAGAUGGCUGAACUAUCUAAGGCCAAAUAUCAAACAUGGGGGCUUCUCAGAAGAAGAAGAUCAAAUCAUUUGCAAUCUCUUCAUAACCAUUGGAAGCAGGUGGUCAAUUAUAGCAAGUCAGCUCCCAGGAAGAACAGAUAACGACAUAAAAAACUAUUGGAAUACCAGACUAAAAAAGAAGCUCCUUGACUGGCAAAGAUACAUGUCAUCCACAUCCCAUCUCCUCCAUCACUCGAACGAGAAGGUUUGUAAUACUAACCCUAACCCUAAUGGAUCCUCAAAAACCCUAACUACAUCUUCCCUUGAAAUGCUACAACUUCACAUGCAAUCCACAACUACUAUGCAUCCAUUGAAGCUUUCCCAACAAGCCAAGGAACCAAGAGAGCAAACUAAUAUAAAUAAUUCCUUACAUGGAAACUUGUUUCGUGGUACAGAAAGUCAAAUUUUUAGUGGCAUUGAUAGUUUUAGAGAAUUGAAUUUUGAAGAGGAGAUAAAUUGGUGGGGAAGCAUUGGACUUGAUGAGAAAUCCUUGCCAAGUUUGUCAGAUUUGGCUUUGGCUCUUCAGGCUGAUUCUAUGCUUCAGGAGUAUGGGAUUGGGUAUGAUUUAUAAUGUCAGUACUUUUCAACAUGGUGUUCAUGUUCUGUGGUAUAUUAGUCUCUGCAAGAACAUAUUAUG